AUGGCCGACGAAGCGGUGCUCAACCGCGUCGAGCAGGCGCGCGUGUAUGGCAUCGACUGCGGCGACGAGAUCCUCUUUGGCGCGGGCACGUGGGCGCCGGGUGGCGAGCACACCAAGAAGCUCGUCGUCAAGAACGUCUCGAACAAAACGAUCAAGUUCAAGUACGACCUGCCGCGGACCAAGUACUUUUCCAUGGACUUUCCGCUGCUCAUGACGCUCUCGCCGGGCACGUCGCGCGUGCUCGACAUCGCGUUCCGCCCGGUGCAGUACGAGGAGUACGACGACUGCAUCCGCUUCACCGUGCACAUCAUCGACGGCGGCGUCCAGGCCACGAACGGCACCUUCCGCCUUCCGGUGAAAGCUCGCAUCGCGAUGCUGCGCAUUGAAGUCCCGUCCGGUCUCGACUUUGGCUUUUGCCCGACCGCCGAGACGACGGAUGUGGUCUUCCAACUCAAGUGCACCGGCCAGAUCGAUGCGCGCUUCCGGUGGAGCCUCCCCGACGCGGGCACGCAUGGACGACCGUUCAAGAUCACACCGUCGAGCGGCGACAUCAAGGCCGGCCAAGUGCUCGAUGUGACGGCGACGUUUGCGCCCAAGACGGCGUCCGUGUAUGUGGUCACCGCGCUCUUCGCGGCCCACGAGCUCGGCGAGACCCAGCAGCACCAAGAGACGACGCUCAAGAUCAGCGGCAUUGGCAAGUUCGCCUACUUUGCGGCCUCCGAAACCGAACUCGACUUUGGCGACAUGCUCGUCAACGGCCCGUCGACGCACAAGAAUCCCACGGAGCGCGAGUUUGUCUUGCGCAACCGGUCGCUGGUCCGCGCGUCUUUUCACAUUUUCCCCAUCGAGACUGACCACGAGCCGACGUUUUUCUUCUCGCCGCUGAAAGGCACGAUCCCGCCCGAGUCGGCGCUGCCGAUUCGCGUCAAGUUCACGCCCUUGAGCCCCGGCACGUUCACGUGCGACAACUUUAAGAUUGUGACGCCCGGCGGGCACGCGGUGCAGAUUGUCUGCAAAGGCAAAGCCAUCGGCCCGGUCGUCGGCCACUCGAUCAACUUUCGCGACGUGCGCGUCGGCGAGUCGGCGACGCGCGUGCUGUACCUCAAGAACGAGGCGGCGAUCCCCGUCCGCUUUCACCUUGUGAGUGCGGCCAAUGGCAUCUUUGGCGUCAGCAAAGUGGCGGGCGAGAUCCCGCCGCUCCUCGAGGCGUCCGUGCUCCUGACCUUUGCGCCGCUCACGCCGGGCAACUACUACCGGCGGCUCUUUUGCCUGCUUGAGAACCAAGCAACGAUGUUUGUCGAUGUGCUCGGGACGGGCUACGACGCCGAGAUUCGCCCGUCGCCGUUUCAGCAGGCGCACGUCGACGCGUACCGCCUUCGCUGCGAGCACAACUUAGGCCACUUGUCCCCCGAUGGUCUCGAAGCGCUUCGGAGCGACAAGGGCGACGAGCUCUUUCUUCAAGGCGCGCUCGCGCGCCAGCGGGAGGCCGCCAGUCGCAAGGAUACCACGCGCCUCCUCACGCGGAGCGGCGACAUGCUGCUCUCGGACGUCGACGUGUGCCACGAGUUUUUCAUCCAGGCCGACGACCGGCACGGUGCGAUUGUUGCGUCGGACGCUCUCCUCGACUUUGGCGCGGGCUUGGAUGGGAAAAAGACACUGCUCGUGACCAACCAAACGCGCGGCAAGGUCACGUGCGCGUGGCGCAUCGCCGAGGCGCCGACGGCCGUCGACAGCGGCAACUUUACCAUCUUUCCCACCGUGUGCGACAUUGGUCCGGGCGCGUCGGUCGAGUUUCGCGUCGGCUUCCACCCCAAGCAGACCAACACGUACUUCUUCGCCGAGCUCGAAAGCAGCGUCUACUUUAAGUCCAACCGGACGUUCCGGCUCGUGAACCCCGAGACGUUCACGCCACCGUGGUGCGUCGUCGUGCAUGCGACAGGGCACACGUUCACGUCGACCGACAGCCAGUUUCUCUCGCGCGUGAGCUUUUCAACGGCCAAAGACGGCCUCUGCGCGUUCCCACCGGCGUACAUUGGCGACUCGGUCUUCCAAACGGUCGUGCUCUUGAACAGCAGCGACACCCCUGCUGUGUUUGCAAUGACGCAGGACCCGUCCCGUAUCUUUCGCGCCAAGCCCAGCUGCGGCUUGAUCCCGCCCAACGGCUUCCACUUGGUGCAAAUACGGUUUAGCCCGACCAAGAGCCGACGCUACUCGCACGCGCUCAAGACGACCGUGAACCACUCGACGUCGGUGGUCCUCGAGCUUACGGGCACAGGUUGCUUUCCGCACUUGAUUUGCCAAGAGCUCGACGGCGGACCUGCGAUUGACAAGCUCUUCAUCAAGCCGACGUCCAUUGGACUCUCGUCGACGCGACUCUUUCGCGUCAAGAACGGGUGCCGCAUCCCACUUGUGUUUCGGUGGAGCAUUCCGCCGUCGGUCCAAGACGUGUUUCAGCUCUCGCCGCUCGUGCACCGCCUCCUCGGGAACGAAGCCAGCGUGAUUGCGUGCGUGUUUGCGCCGUCGCUCAUCAAACAGUACAACCAGCGGCUCACGCUGCACGUCAAGUCCAUCUCCAUGGCACGCGGCGAGCCUCCGUCGUCCCGUCUCCCAAUCCUCCAGGACGUCUCGAUCAAGGUGACGGGCGUCGGUACGACGGGCGCGGUCGCUUUCGAGCCCGCCGAUCUCACGCUACCGACGGUCCUCGUCAACUCGGACGUGACCGGGCCGUUCCAGCUCGUGAACGGCAGCGACUGUGACCUGAAGUUUGAGCUUUGCGUGACCGUCCUCGACUCGUCCAAGCUCAUGGCGCGGCCGCACCUUGACAAGGCGGUGGCGGCCAAGUACAUUUCCUUCUCGAAACCGAGCGGCAUCAUUGGGGCGCGCUCGACGCAGCACGUGGAGAUUGCGUUUCGCGGCGACCUCGCGGGCAGCUACCACUAUGCGAUCCAGUGCGCGAUUGCGACGCUCGACGCUGUCGUGCUGCCGUCGCACCACAGCGAUGACGGCGUUCACUGCGUCGAGAUGCUCGUGCAUGCGAGCGCCUCGUUCCCGACGCUCUUCUUCGAGGACAUUCGUGUGGCGCAGACACCGACCGCGGUGGCGUGGACGCAGUUUCAAUGCGAAGAGAUCAACACGUUUAUGGCCGCGCCGCUCACCAACGACGAGCUCAAACUCAACAGCGAGAGCAGCCCGGACUUGAGUUUACUCAAGGUGUUUCCGUUGCAGUUUACGCCCAAUGUGGUCGGCGCGCCGACCGAGGACGUGUGCAUUCAGCUGCGCAACCCGGGCUCGCUCGUCGUCGACUUUCGCAUUUUCUAUCCCAACGAGUCGGACAUUGAGAUUGAGCCGUGGGCCGACACGAGCGAGCCGACGACCGACGAGCUGCGGCAAAACAUCAUCAUCGACUCGAAGCUCUUCACCGUCGCACCGCGCAAAGGGGUCUUACAGCCGCACCAGAGCCUUCUGCUUCGACUCUCGUACUCGUACGCGUCCAUGCAGUACGACGGCGUCCACGACCUCCAGCUGCUCGUGUCGGUCUCCCAAGGCAAGAAGAUGAUGCUGUCGCUCCACGGCCGGACGCUGCCCAAGGCGACUCCGUUUCUCUUUUUACCGCGCACGAACUGGGUGCUCUCGCCCGUGCUCCUCAGCGAGAGCGGGCGGAAGGAGCAUCUGCACGCCCGCCCCGCGCUGCAACAGUUUCAAGUCUUCAACCGCGGAGACACGCCGUUCCUUCUCGACGUCGACGACUCGGACCUCGCGCGCAUCAACGCGACGAGCCACAACUUUCCGAUCUUCGACUGCCUCACGCAGCGCGUGUCAGUGCCGCCCAACGCGUCCGUGUUUUUGGACCUCGAGUUUUGCCCCCUCGAGCAGCUCACGUACCACGGCACGCUGCUGCUGAGCGUCGAGGGUCUCGAGUCGGGCUACCAGGACCAAGUCAAGCUGCCGAUUGUCGCCCGCGGGUACGAUGGGACCAAGACGACCUUUGCCGAGACGCGCGACAUGAUGGUGACCGGCGGGCCACCGCGGAUUCAACAGUCGCCGCCCGAGUCCCGCGCGGCGUUGAGCUGCGACAUUCUCGACCUCGGCCACGUGUGUGUGCACACGGAGCACACGCGUCUUGUCGUGCUCACGAACCUCAGCGCAACGGCGACGCUGAGCUUUGCGUGGGACGCCAGCCACCACUUGGUGCAUGCCAACCGCGUUCGGUUCUUCCCGAUGCAAGGGAAGCUCCAACCGCUCGAGCACUGCAUGGUGCGCGUCACGAUCGCUCCGGCCGCCGACUUGGUUGUGAUCGACCACGACAUUGCGUGCUGGGUCCGCGUGCUGCAUGACACAGCCGCGUCGUCGCCCAUCGAAAGUGCAUCGAACGAGGACAAGGCGAUCGACAGCCGACCCUCGGUGCUCACGCGCACCACAAUCUCGUCGCGCGCUCACUUUAGUCGCGAAGAGCCGGCGACGACCGACGACUACACGCCACCACUUGCCCACGCGCUGCCGAAACUCAAGCCAAAGCCGGCCUCGGGUUCGGGCAUGCGCAGCCCAAAGGGGCCCCGUAGGAAACCGAGCCCGACGCGUGGCCAUUCGGCGCGCAAGGCCAAGUUUGCAGACGGCAAGGACGCCACCGAGUCGGACGAGAAUUUGCGCGGCAGCAAAGUGCUGCAGCCAUUGUACCUCCAUGUCUUUGCCCACGUGCUAUCGCUCGAGAUCUUUCGGCGGCAGCUGACGCGCGACGCGUUCGAUCGCCGUCCGCUGGCGAUCCCGACCAGCGAAACCCGGCGGGCCGACGAUCUCGAAGCGCUUCGGACGGCGUGGCGAGUGACGAAGGAUCCAUCGGCCAUGAGCGAGAGCCGGCACGUCAUCGAAGGCGUGUUGAGCCACCUCGUGACCGACCUCUUGUACACGGGCACGGUCGACCAGGCGGUGGACGAGCUCUUGCCGACCGAGCUCGAGACGCCGUACUUUGCGCAGUUUUGCCAGCAGGCGUGCGCCACAGCGGACAAGCGGCGAGCGCGUCUGAAGCGGCUUUUGGUCGACGACGACUUUCGACGCAUUGCGAGCCUCGUGCUGGAAAACACAAUGCUCAACGUCGUCCAAGAAAUCGGUCUCGGCGAGUUUGACCUCGCGUGUCUCCCCAAGCAGCUCGUGUUUCUUCCCGAAGAGUCGUAGCCCUCGUCGAUCUGUACAUAGACAACUUCUUUUUACGAGUGGGCAGAGGAUGCAAGAGGGGUUGGAUUAAACGCAGCACAUUAG